AUGUCGUCGGUCCUUUUUUCUUCCAAAUAUAAAUACUCUGACUUGAAGCACGCUCGCGAAAUCAGAGUUGUUCACCUUUUACCAGAAAGGUCCUCGUGGGAACAACCCACAAUUCAGAUUCAUACCAUUCAUCUAGACAACAAGCCCACGCCGCACUACGAAGCACUUUCAUAUGCUUGGGGCGGCUCAGAGACGCGCACUGGGAUCAAAGUUGGUGAAAAUGAGCAAAUUUUUGUGACGCAGAACUGCUCUACUGCGCUCAACUGGCUUCGUUCCUCGACACCGCGAAUAUUGUGGAUAGACGCUAUAUGCAUCAAUCAGGACAGCACCGCCGAGCGUAAUCACCAAGUUAGUAUGAUGGCAGAAAUCUACCGUUUGGCCGCUCAAGUUGUGGUCUUUCCAGGAGUGUGUGAUGAACGCACUGCCUCCGUUAUCGAUCGGAUUGAUAAUUUGGAGCAUAAACGAUACCAUAACCUGUUGCAACAAGAUCGGUACUCAAAGGCCGUCAACCGCUUGCUUAGGAAAGGAUAUGUCUGGUAUGUCAUGGAUUCUUUAUACCAUCAACCGUGGUUUGGCCGAACUUGGACCCUACAGGAGGUUCUUUUAUCUAGACAAGCAAAAGUCCUCUGUGGACUCUCAAAGGAACGAUCCUGGGAAUCCAUUUGUAAGGCAGCAAAGUUGGUGAGGCAACUGCAAACCCAACACCAAGGCCUAAUGUCAAUUCCGUUCGCACCAGUGAUAGCCCUUCAGGAUGAUUUGGAUAGCCAUGGCAGACUGGGAUUAUUCGAGCUGGUUAUGAGGACGCGGAACCUACAAACAACUGAGCCAAGAGACAAAAUAUACGCCCUGUUCGGUAUAGUCCAUUCGACAACUGAUAAAAUGCCAGCCGUCGACUAUUCCAAACCCGUUGCAGAGCUUUAUACCGAUCUUAUCCGAUUCUCCCUUGGGGAACUCAAGACUCUGGACUUCCUGUCUUAUGCCAUUGGCCUCAAGCCAACAGAGGUCGGCGACCUCCCCUCCUGGGCAAUCGAUUGGUCAAAUGCACCAAGAGAUGAAAACGUAAUCGGUCAUUGGAGAGAUAGAUGGUUCGAUGCAGAUGCGAAAAUGUCUCCUUUGCCGCACAAUCUUUCCUGCAGUGGGGGUAUUCUCAAAGUCCAAAUAUGUCUGCUGGAUCAAGUAUCUUCUGUAUCUUCUAAUUGUGGCAAUUUGUUCCAAACUUGGAAUUGGAAAAGAAUUUCUCCCGAUCCACACUCACCAUCUCGGACAGACCCGCAGCCAAGUCGACGUUUUUUCCAUGGGUCCAACUCGAUAAACGCCAACAGAGCCAACAUUCAGACUCUAGCAGCCGCAUCCAAAAUCUGCGAUUUCAUCGAUAACGAAAAUUUUGAAUCAUCUAUAAGAAUGGCUCUCAAUACCUAUCCCCUUGUAGCCCGAGAUCUAUACAUCUACCUCAACACGCUAUGCUGCAGCCCUGCCAAGUCUGAAAGCAAUAUAUCAAAACAAAUGAAGCGCUUCAUCCACAAUCCGGACCUUUUGCGGCUGCUAGGACUUCUCAACCCGCACAAUACUCACCGGAACAACAAAAGCUGGAGAUGUCCUGAAUUUAGCGAGCUCUGGACACUUCUGGAAAUGUUGUUGAUGGUUUCCCUGCCUAAACGCUUGGGUGGCACCAAGGGUACAGUGGAUCGUACCUUCUUCACGAUGAGCAACGGAUCAUUUGGACUAGGACCGAAAGAGGCAAGGGAGGGAGACUCAGUUUGUAUCAUACUUGGAGCACAAGUACCCUUCGUGCUGCGGAAGUCCGAGCAAGGCACCUAUCGGAUCGUGGGGGAGUGCUACGUGUACGGCAUCAUGGAUGGUGAGGCGGUGCACGGCCUCGGCGAAGAGGAGUUCCUCACUGUCUCUCUCGAGUGA